CUCUCCUGUAGAGAGCUCUAAUAUUACAUGAAAUUAUUCAGUGCGAGACUGCCACUGUUGUAUUAUGGCAGACGAAAUGUGUCGGAGCCACGUCAGAUCGAAAAGUCACUAAAUCAGGAUAUGUAUCUAUUUAAAGAUGAAGUCUUCCGUUUAUCCUACAACAGUACACGAGUGGAUGAACGCCAUUCGCCGUCCAACGCCAUAUCGUGUUGGCAAUGCCCGUCUCCAUGUGAAAACUCGCACUCUCGUGUAUGCUGUUAUGUUCAUUUCAGCUGCUUUUAUUUUAAUUAUAUUUAUGUUCCCAUCUCAUAAAGUCCCAAGAAUGACCUGCAUGGAUGAGGGUAUUCACCACGAAACAAAUUACGAUUACACGUACCCACUGUCACCUCUAAUAAAAAUUGGGGAUGGGUUUCUGUUUAAGAUUGGAUUGAUAGCCGAUUUGGACCAAAGGUCUAAGAGUGAUAAGAAGAAGAAUACUUGGAUAAGUUAUUUAUACGAAGGUAAUUUGACAAUCUCACAGACACAUGACUACGCAGACUUUGAAAUGGACAGGAAACCAUAUACACUGACAUCAUCAUUUUCACAAGGAGGAAGAGGAAUGGAAUUAUCAGAACUAUUGGUGUUUGAUGGGAAGUUAUGUGCAGUGGAUGACAGAACAGGAGUUGUUUAUCACAUUUUCAACAGAAAAAUGGUUCCUUGGGUUGUUUUAGCUGAUGGCAAUGGAAAUAGUCCCAAAGGAUUCAAAAGUGAAUGGGCCACAGUGAAGAACAACAGGAUGUAUGUUGGAGGUUUAGGAAAGGAAUGGACAUCUGUUAAUGGUGUGGUGGAAAAUUUGAACCCUCAGUGGGUCAAGUCCAUUGGUCCAAGAGGAGAUGUCCGGCACGAGGACUGGCAUCAAUACUACAAUAAAAUGAAAGAGGCAGCAGGCAUUAAAUUCCCAGGUUACAUAAUUCACGAGUCAGGAGUAUGGAGUGAUUUCCAUCAACGAUGGUUUUUCCUGCCACGGAGAUCAAGUCACUUCAGCUACAAUGAAAAUGAUGAUGAAAAGAGAGCUACAGAUUUGAUGUUCAUUGCUAAUGAAGGAUUCACAGAGGUUAAAGUGAAACAUGUAGGAGAAUUAAGUCAGACUAGGGGCUUCUCCUCAUUCAAAUUCAUUCCACAAACUAAUGACCAAGUAAUUGUGGCACUCAAAUCAGAGGAGGUGUCAAAUAAAAUAGCUAGUUAUUUAACAAUUUUUAAAAUUGAUGGACAAAUUUUACUAAAGGAAAGGUAUAUAGGAAAUGUGAAAUAUGAAGGCAUAGAGUUUAUAUGACAUAUCAUAUUAUGUAUUUUGUUUAAUUUUUGAUGUGUAAAUAAAUGAUGAAUGCCAUAUUAAAACUAACUUUUGUUGAAAUGAAGUUUGAUAUUAUAUGUUUUGUGGGAAGUUUUUGGAACUAGUCUUUCACUGCAUACUCUAAAGGAUAUUUUUUUGAAAUAGUAAUAAAUUAUUAUU